AUGUUUAACUCUGUGAACCUGGGCAACUUCUGCUCCCAGACGCGCAAGGACCGGACAUCCGACUUUGGGGACAGGACGGGCUGCGCGUCCAACCUCUACCUCCCCAGCUGCACCUACUACGUGCCCGAGUUCUCCGCCGUGUCGUCCUUCCUCCCGCAGGCCCCGUCCCGGCAGAUAAGCUACCCGUACUCCACGAACCUCUCCCAGCCGGUACGGGAGGUGUCGUACGGUUUGGACGCGGCCAGCAAAUGGCACCACCGGAGCAACUACGCGUCGUGCUACUCGGCCGGAGAGGAGCUGGUGCACCGGGACUGCCUUCCGCCCUCCACCAUGACAGAAAUGCUGAUGAAGAACGAGAGCGUGUACAGCCACCAUCACGCACACCACCACCACCACCACCCGGGCUCUGGCCACCCCUCCGCGGGCUUCUACUCCGGCGUGGCCAAGAACAACGUCCUCCCGCAGGGCUUCGAUCGCUUUUUCGAGACGGCGUACUGCAGCAGCACGGACAAUCAGACGGACUCUUGUUUACAAAAGGCCGAGGCGGGCAAGCUGCAAGGCGGCGGCGGCGCUAACGACCCCCAGCAGCAGCAGCAGCAGCAGCAGUCCGCCUCAGCAGGCUCUCUUCCAGCUGCCUCGGAUCCGGACAAAGACGCAGACGACGACGAUCCGGAUGAAGAGCACACCAACCCCGGUUCGUGCACGUCGUCCUCCGCAGCCACCAAGGAAGGCACCGGAAACAAGAGCAGCCACUCCAGCACCCCGCGCACAAGAAAGAAGAGGUGUCCCUAUUCCAAGUUCCAGAUCCGUGAGCUGGAGCGAGAGUUUUUCUUUAACGUUUACAUCAACAAGGAGAAACGUCUGCAGCUCUCCCGCAUGUUGAACCUCACCGACCGCCAGGUGAAGAUUUGGUUUCAAAAUAGACGAAUGAAGGAGAAGAAGCUGAGCAGGGACCGCCUGCAGUACUUCUCCGGGAACCCUUUGUUGUGA